AUGCAAUUUCAACCAACAGCUAUCGAAAAUAAUCUUAUUACCUAUGUUCCACAAAAUUCUCAUGAAUCAAAAUUGACGACGACGACAGCAAUUAAUGCUACACCCAAAACACAACGAUCAAUAUUGUUUAGCUCACCAUUAGUAAAACGAAAACAACAGCAACAACAAAAUAACGAUGAAACAAAUCACCAAAAAUCGACUCAAAAUCAUCUUCAAAAAUUAUUUUUUCAUUUGAAUAGUACUAACAAACAACAACUAUCGUCAUCAUUGAACGGGAAUAAAAAUGAAUUAUCCUCUAACCAUCUAUUCAAUCGUUCAUCAUUAACACAAAGUCAACGAUCAAAAAUAAAAACAAAUGGACUUGUUAUGAAACAUGCGCAACCGCAACAACAAAUUAUAUCAAAAGCGGAAAAAAAAGUAAUUAAUAAUUGUAAUUCUACUAGCAAUUUGAAAACAAUUAUGAUCGAUAGUACUGUACUACCACCACCGUCUCCUGAACAUGCUCAUAAACAACUAUUACACUUUUUAACAAGUAAUAGUAAUAAUCGUUCAUUAACUGUGUCCCCAUCUCAAUCAUCAUCCGCUUCCUCCUCACAAACAUCUUUACAACGAAUGAUGGUCAAGAAAAAGCAUGAACUGAAACAACAACAAAUAAAUACAAAUAUUUUUCAAUCCACUGCAAGCAUAUCACCGUCAAUGUCAAAUUCGGAUUUAUCUUAUUCGGGAAUUGUUAAUCCAGUGCUAGGUGAUAAUUGUGUUAUUCAUGCCACAUGUUUAAAUAGACAUGAACAUACAAAUGAAAAGUUUCAGCCACAUUGUCAACAACAAAGUCAGGAUUUGUCGACUGCUCGGUAUAUUGUGACUCCACCCUCAUCUUGUGUUGAUAAUCACACUGAACGACAGCAGCCACUGUUAAACACGGAUGAUUUUGAAAAUAGAUUAUCUCUCUGUUUACAUCUUCAAAGAUCGAAUGUGAUCGACGACGAUGACGAAGAAGAGGAACAUAAUAUGAACUGUACUAAGAACAGUGGUCACAUCGUUAAUCGCAAUUGGUUGUACGAUGAAAUUGUAAAACAACUUAAAGUAACCACAAAAUACGGUGUUUGUUUAAUAAGUCAAUCAUCAGGAGUUGGUAAAACAUGUGUAAUAGAAAAUAUAAUUAAGAACAGUGUGUUCGGACAACAACAACAAGCAGAAGGUGAUCAAGUUUUGAAUAACGAUAUCCAGAAAAUGUUCCAUAAACCAUUAGUCAAUUCAUCAUUUUCAUUUCAAUGGUUGCAAUCUCGUUUAUUAUCGUAUCAUUUCUGUGAUUGUUCAACUUCUCUCACUUGCACAUUACCCGAUAUAAUUCAUUCUAUCAUUUAUCGUUCAUUAGAACAUCCUCAAUUACAUUCUUAUCGUAAUAUUAUUUUGAAUGAACAAUCAAUUCGUAAAUCAAUCACGUUAAAUGCAUGUAUUGAGGGUGGUGUAAGUUUUGCAUUUUUCAAUUCAUUUAUUGAACAAUUAAAUGGAUUAAAAAAUUGUGGACAUUUAAAUGAAAUAUUUUCAUUAUCAUCAAAUCCUCAACUAUUAUUUAUUAUUAUCGAUGGUAUUGAUAAUGAACUAUGUGAUAAUGAAGGACAAACAAUUACAGAAUUUUUGUAUGAUAAUUUACAUCGUUUACCGACAUGGUUAAAACUAAUUAUAACAUUAAAUCGAAAUCAAAAAAAUAAAACAGAAGAAGAUAAAUUUUUAAAACAUUUUGAAUUGAUUGAUUUGGACGAUUGUUCCUAUCAAAAUUUGAUAAAAAAUGAUAUACAGGACUAUAUGAUAGAACGAUUUGAUCGCAUUAACAAACAAUUAAAACAGAAUUCUCGAAAUUGUUAUUAUUCUCCAACAUUCUACGAAGGUUAUGGUCUAAAUUCGUUAAAUGAUAUUGAACAUUUUCAUUAUUUAAUUGAAAAAUUAUCUUAUCUAUCACAAGGAAAUUUUCUUUAUUUAUCAUAUUUGUGUAAUUUAAUUGAACGUCAACAGAUACCAUCGUUUAAAUUAAAUUUAUACGAUAGUCAACAAAAUAUUCCAAAAACGAUCGAUGAAAUUUUAACGUAUAUAACAAGAAUAUUAUUUUUGGAUAAUGAAUAUGAUAAUCAUUUUCUAUUUCGAUUAAAAUCCAUAUUAGAAAUAUGUUUAGCAUCAAGAAAACCAUUAAGUUUGAAUGAACUGCAUAUAUGUGUAAAUUCUGAUCAAAUUAGAUCUACAAUUAAUUAUAAUGAAUUUUUAGGGUAUAUCAAUUGUUUAUCUUUAUUUUUAACUCGUUUGCCUGAUUCAAGUUAUACAAUUGUACAUCGUUGUACUCGAAAUUGGCUGAUCGAUGAUGUGUUCGCUUGUGAUAUUAAAAAAGGUCAUUCACGAUUGGCAUUAACAAAAUCGCGUACAAAAGAAAAUUUAUGGCCAUCAGAAGCCUUUGAUUGUAUUCGUCAUUUAUCUCAGUCAGAUUUAUUUUCAACAUUACCAAAUAGUAUUGAUUCAAUAUGUUUGUGGAUAUCUCAUAUUAUUAAUGAGCCAACACGUUUACUCGUAUCAUUACGAAAUGCCUAUUAUCCAGAAUUAAAUGUUUCUGAAUUACUUUUGUUAACAACAGCGGAUCCGAAUGGUUUAGUUGAACAUACACAAAUUCCACUUCUAUGCAUUGCAUCAACUCAAGGUUAUACAUCAUUUGUUGAACUAUUAGUGAAAUAUUCAGCUGAUAUAAAUAUAAGAUCAAAACAAGAUCUUAAAACACCAUUGAUAUUAGCAUGUGAGAAUGGACAUGAACAGAUUACACAAAUACUAUUACAAAAUGAAGCUAACGUUAGUUAUACGGAUAAAUUUCAUUAUACAGCUGUUGCCUAUGCUGCAAAACAGAAUCAUAUCGUUCUUCUUCAGUUAUUGUAUGAUGUUAAUUGGCCAUCUAUUGAUAAUCAAGAUACUAUGAACCGUCAUUGUUUAAAUAAAUGUGAAGCAUUUCAACAAGCAUUCGUUUACGCCUCGACAAAUGGCUGUUUGCAAACUAUCGAAUUAUUAUUGAACAACAUGAGUGAUAUUAUUCAAAUUAAUAAUUGUGAUUCAAUUUAUGGAGAAACAGCUUUGACAACCGCUUCAUAUUGUGGUCAUUUAGAUAUUGUUGAAUAUCUAUUGAAACAAAAUGCAAAUAUCGAUCAAACAAAUGGUCGUCAAAUGACACCAUUAAUAGCGGCUGUUAAAGCAGGAAUGUGGCAUAUUGUGGAGUAUUUAAUUGAUCAAAAUGCAUCUAUUGAAAUAGCAGAUAAACAAAAACGAACACCAUUAAUUAUUGCUGCCAGUGAAGGAUAUUUAGCUGUUAUAGAUAGUUUGAUUGAAAAAGGUGCAAAUGUCAAUCACGAAGAUGAAGAACAUUUAACAGGGUUAGCGUGGGCUUGUUUGAAAGGUCACUACCAUGCGUGUCAAACAUUGAUAGCUCAUAAUAGUGAUAUUAAUCAUAAGGAUAUAAAUGGACGUUUACCAAUUGAUAUGGCUGCAUUUUAUGGUGAUCCACAGUUAGUUCAAUUAUUAAUCGACAAUGGCUCGAUUGUAGAUCACGUUGAUAAUAACGGAAUGAGAGCAUUGGAUCGAGCAAUUGGAUGUAGAAAUGUAGCCGUUGUUAAUUGUUUAUUGAAACGAAGUGUUAAAUUGGGACCAUCAACGUGGGCAUUAGCAUCCGGUAAAAAUGACAUGAUGAUCAUCUUAUUAAACAAAUUAAUCGAAGAUGGUCUCACAUUAUAUAAGAAAAGCCAAUACAAAGAUGCUGCUUAUCGUUUUUCUUAUGCAAUGAAAAAGAUUCCACAAUCAAAUUUUGUUAUUGAACAACAUCAGUCACAUGAUGUUAGCAUACUGACUAAUGUUAAAAAUAAUUUUCAAAUGAUGAAAUAUACGUGUUUGAUUAAUUUGGCGAAAUGUAAAAGAAAAAUGAAUGCUUCUGAUAUGGCAAUUGAUUAUUGUACACAAGCAUUGACUUUACAGACAACAUCUGAUGCAUUAUUACUUCGUGCAAGAAUAAAACGUGAUCAAAGAUUGUACGACGAUGCAUUAGACGAUUUAGUGGAAGCAUCGAAAUUAGAGCCCGAUAAUAAUGACUUAAAUCGUUAUAUGCAACGUUUAAAAGAAGAAAUGAUGGCUAAUAAACGACAAGAAACGUUGUUAUGA